GUAUAACGAGGUUCAAAUGGUCAACAUUGCACAAAGAUUGGUUAAAAAUUAUUAUGAAAAUUGAUUGAAAUCAUUUGUAGCUUUUGAUUCGAAUCAAAUUGAGAAAUAAAACAAAGCAAAAUGCAGCAACUUUUGCAUAAAUCAUCUAUGCUUUUGCAUAUUGGCAUCAGGAAUGCUUCAUCGUCGACAGCAGCUGUAACAAAAAUACACCGAGCGAUUUAUCCAAACAUGUACACAACAUUAGUAGUGAAUUCGAAUGGAAGCACAUACAGGAUUAGAUACUAUGAACCACGAGCGAUUAUUAAACUUCCAUUUGAUUUGAGUCAAUUAACAGAAACGGAAAAAAGAUUGAGACUAGAGAAAAGAAAACCGAAAUCCAAAGUUAAAAUUGAACAGGAAGUGGAUGACAAAUUUAGUGCCAACAAAUAUGUCAAGUUCAUUAAGCGAAAAUAAUCUUGCAAGGAUAUGUAAAUUACUAGAAAUAAAAUCAAAAAUAUUGUGUAGAACAUUUGUAAAUUUGUCUUCAUACUGAUUUUACUGAGAUCCAGCGGAACCAGAAAUAAUGUAAAGGAGGAUUAAAAUAAAAGAAAUGUAUUAAAUUAUUCUUUUUUAUU